UCACCGACCGAGGGAUGAGACGUUUGGUAAAUGCCGCUGUUUGCACACCAUAGCACCAGCGCGAGCGCGCCGCUCUCUGUCCCGCCGCCUUGCAGACACCGGACCGACAGAUACAGUUUACCGUAGAUGCCACGCGCUGCAGGAGGCUACGGGACAGCGACUCCGUUUCAACAGCCUCAUCUUUUACAUUUUGAAUGAACUCUUUCUUAGACAGACCCACAAUGCAUGUGAGACAUGACCAAAAGGCCCCCUGGGAUAACACGAGCAGCACGCGCAGCAUGGAGCCGACAGCCGGCUGCUCGCCCAUUAUUCCAGAGCCAGAACUCUACCGCAGCGUCAUGGCUGUGCUCCCCAGGGAAGCAGACAACCAGCAGCCCCAAGACUGUCUCAACAAAGGCAUGCUGAGGUGGACACUUCAUAAGAAAGUUCAAAACAAUCCUGCGAGUGGCUUAUCUCUGGUGUGGGUGCUGAUAAAAGAGCUGGAAAAGGCUGAGAGAUGGGACUCUCGCAAAAGCAUCAUCCCUCUGCUCCACACACUGAUGUAUGCCAUCAUUCAGACAGCCUACAUUCCAGAUGAGCUGUACAAGCGGGUUUACGACUUCUGUAAGAGACUCCUGAUCUACCCCCAUCCCUACUGCACCGUGGGCCUCAGCUACACGAGGCGGAUCAAAACUGAGCGCUCCGUUCCAGGUCUGAUGUACCAGAGGAUGGUCAUAGCCGAGCAGAGGCUGAGAAAUGAGCACUAUCCCUUUCAGGAGAGGGUCUUCGUCCUGGCCGACCCAGAAGUCUUCUCUGUCUCUUUGGGACAAGUCCUGUCGGGCGAUAUUGAGACGUCCGCCUCAGCUGCAGAUGGAUCUCCGAGUCCCCUCGAUCACAUGUGCCGCGUGGUCCAACACUCCAUACAGGCUGCUUUAGGAGCGGAGCAGUGCCACGGGCCCAAGCUGGCUCGGGCGCUGAAGGACAUGGGUCAAGAUGUCGAGUCGCACUUUCAGGAAGUGUUGGCGGCUCUGGAGCAGAGCGCGGAGGAGGGCGGCCGAGGGGCGGGGGCAGCGCUGAGGAGCCGUCUUCAGCGGCUGUACAGCAAGAUCGUCGUGGACACAGACUCAGAGCCAUUGUCCAGUGGACGACUGUGCGACUCCCCUCUACCGAACCCAGAGAUGAGCUUCCACAUGUGGACAGAGGAGCUGGAUAUCUGGCGCGUGCUGGCCAAGUGGUUUCGAUCCAGCUCCAUGUUGGAGCAGUUCUCCCUCAGCGAGGAGCAGGACAUGGAGCCCGGCGAGUCGCCCGGCGACGUGACGCCGUCCGACAUGACCCGCUACUCCGUCAUGUCCAACGAUAGCGGAAUCGAAAGAGACCUGCCCCCCGGCGCCGAUCCCGCCACGUCUUCAUCUCUGGACUCUGCCGGCAUAAGUGCAUCAUGGGAACAGCACAAAAGCGAGCCAGAGCCGAGCAGGCUGUCCCGACGCGGAGGCAUGAAGAUGAAACCGUCGGUGAAGGACAGCAUGGGGCUGAUGCAGGACACCCUGGAGCAACGCGGGAGCGUCUGCGGAGGAGGAGGAGGAGGAGGAGGGAGGGGAGGGGCGACUCUGCAGAGGCGGGCAGGAAGCAGCGAGAUGCAGAACACCUUCCUCACGCAGCAGAGACACUUUACGGCCAGGAUCGUCGCCAUGGGAGACGACAGGGUGCUGGGUCGCCUGGCCAAGGCCUACUUCGUCUUCAGGAAAAGGGAAGCACGGAGGCGUUUUCUCACAAUGAAAGUAAACCUCCAGUUUUACUACAUCCCUGUUAGCGAGGCAACAGCUCCCAUCGGCUCCAUCAAGGAAAACCUUCAUCAAUCCAAGGAAAAUCUCUGCACUCUUGGCUCCUACUUGAGCACGGUGGACCCGUGGUACAACUCUAACAUCAAGAGUCUCGGCAGCAUGAUCCCCAAACUGGCGAAGAUGCAACAGAUGGACCCGGGGAGGCCAAAGGAGUCCUUUGUGCCUGAUGUCAUCUCCUACUACGUUCGGACCGGCCAGCAGCCCGUCUACUUCACCAUCUACUUCGUUAAGAUCACGUUCACCAAUCAGAGGAAGGAUCCUGUGGAAGACGUGUUUCUCACCCAUCUGGAAAUGGAGUUGCCGGAUUUGAGACGGAUCUCAACAUCACUUCGAGACAAGCAGAAGAAGAGCUCAGGGGAGGUGUGCGGGCCGGUUGUCUCCUUGAAUUACAGAAAGGUGACAUUGAGUGGCCGAGAUGUUGACAAAGGAAUGUCGGUCAGGAUGUCAGGCGCUCAGAUCUCUGCUAUUCCCUCCAAUGAGGCAGAAGAUCUCAACUGUUUGACCAUGACACUGAAUGAAUCUCCAACAAAAAGCAAAAACAGCGUUGUGGGCUCGAAGAUUCGGUCCAACAACAUUAAGAUUCGCACUUUGGAGAGUCGGCCUUUCACUGUGACGCUGGACAGAGAUUGUCGCAGGAGCUACACAGACGUGCAGAGCAUCGAGAUCUCCCCGUGUCUCGAUCCCAGAUACUGCGUCCAGAAAACCAUUCGUUCCAAAUUGAAGUUGGGGGAGGACAAAGAUGCCGGACUGAGCAAAUACAUGAACAAAGGACUCCCGCUGCCCAUCAACACAUUCGCCGGCAUCAUCAGCUGACGUGGCGCAGCGGCCCUGCAGGGAGACUUGAGAAACUUUGACAGCCUGACACACAGACAGACGGAAGGCCUUCCCUCCGAGUCACGCUGAGCUGCUCCUGGAAAUAACCAAUAAUCAGUUCCCUCCGCCGGGUUUGACCGGCAUGAAGGUAAAAACCCUUUGAAUCAAAGCAACGCGAGUGUCCCCUCUCGCAGUUGAUGGAAGAAGUUUCUUUUGACAGUAAUGGAAACAAAGUUGCGUCACACAGCGGGGUUAUUGUUGAAAAGUAUUUCUACUACUGCUAUAUAUAUAUAUAUUGUAAAUUAUAUAUUUUCAGUAAAUCUACACAGUGUGGAUUGCCAAAGAACAAUACUGCCUGUAACACUAGAGAGACCGGCAGUAAGAUAAGUAAGAUAAAGGUAUACGUUUAAGAAUUCAGGACUACUGAUAAUUGGAUCACUAAUCACUUGACCUCUGACCUCCAUCCACUCACUGCCGCGUGUGUUUGGUGAAGCGUAAAUGUCCUAAACUGAAUCUAAUUUGCACUAAAGCUCCGGGUGUUGUAUCCUUGUUUCUGGGAGCAACGGUGUGUAGGGCAUGUAGUACGACUACAUGCAUUACUGUGUCAUUUGUAUACGUGGCGUGAAUAUAGAAAAGAUCAAGACAUUGCUUUCUUAGAUUACUUCUUAAAUUACAUGCCUAAGAAUGUAUUUUGAAUGCCGCCCCCCUCCCCUCCCUCGGGUAUGAUCUCAGGCAGUAAAGGUCAACUGCCUCUUAAACUGGAUGUGAUGUUUUAUUGAGCGCACAACAUAAAAUCGUAUGGAUGUGUGCGUAUGUGUGUGAGUCUCUCUCUCUCUCUCUCUCUCUCUCUGCUAGCCUGGCAGGGUAAAUAUCAUGAAAUUGAAGAUACAUUUUGCACAUUAUUUUUAUGAGGACGCCUUUCAAAAUCGAAAUGUAAAUGUGUAAAUACUUGACUUUUCUUUGUAAAACAAUGUUGGUGUUUUAUAAUAAAUGUGGUAAACCUCA